CUUUUAAAAUGAUACGCGUCUAAAUUCGGACUUUCGUAGAAAAAUAUUUAUAUAUAUAUUUUAUUUUUCGAGUCAAUAUUAGUGAGAUCAACUACAAUUUCACUUAAUAUUCCAUAAAGUAUGCGUAUAAUAACGUGGAAUGUUAAUGGGAUAAGGUCAAUUACAAACUAUUAUCCAUGGAGCAAGCAUAAGGAUUAUAAGCAAGUACUGGAUACGCUCAACGCUGAUAUAAUUUGUUUUCAAGAAACAAAAAUUACUUUAGAUAAGUUAGAUUCUUCAUUGGCAAUAGUACCAGGAUAUGAUGCUUAUUUUUCUUCUUCGAGAGGAAAAGGUGGAUAUGCUGGGGUCGUCAUCUAUGUAAAGACAAGUGUCAUAAGACCUAUUGCAGCUGAGGAAGGAAUCUCCGGUAUUCUAAACGAAGUACCAGCGAAUGCUAAAUCGAAAGAUGUAACGACGGCAGGAAUCGGACCCAGUAUUAUUAGUGAAUUUACAACUGAAGAAUUGUUGGAAAUAGAUUCAGAAGGUCGAUGUGUUAUCCUUGAUUUUGGGAUAUUUGUAUUGUUCAAUGUCUACUGUGUACACGAAUCAUCCCAAGGGCGACUUCCUUACAAACUAAGAUUCUAUAAUAUUCUACAAAGACGUGCAGAAGCUCUACUUGAUUCUGGGAGAGAAGUUAUAAUUGUUGGAGAUUUGAAUGUAACACAUCGAGUAAUUGAUCAUUGUGAUCCUCAAAAAUCAAUUAAGGAACAUGGUUUAAAAUCUUUUGGUGACCAUCCGGCAAGAAAAUGGCUUGACAGUUGGAUUUCACCGAACGGGCCAAUGAUUGAUUUGUGUAGGAAGUUUCAUCCGGAUGAAGAAGGAUUAUUUACAUGCUGGAAUACAUUAAUCAAUGCAAGGCCAAUAAAUUAUGGAACACGUUUAGAUUAUAUACUUGUUAGUGAAGGCUUAACUAAAUGGUUCAAGUCAUGCAAUGUAGAACAAGACAUUAUGGGGUCAGAUCAUUGUCCUGUCUCUUGUGAAUUGUUUGAUGAAAUAUAUGAAGGAGAUAAUAAACUUUCCUUACUUAAGGAAAAUACUUUAAUGACCCUAACACCUAAGCUCUGUGCAAAAAAUUUGGUAAGGUUUUCUGGGAAGCAACAAACAUUGAAAAGCUUUUUUAUCAAACAGGAGAUAAAAGAAAAAGAGGCACAGGAAAGGAAAUCAGUAAAGACAAGUAAUGAUAACAUUGUUGAAAAUAUUCCUGAAACUUUAACUAGUAAUACAAUACCAACAGAUUCAUCAAUUGACAUCUCUGAAGGUUUAAAAGAGCAAUCGGAAAUUAAAAGGAAGUCAGGCCAAGCUUCGGUUAUUAAAGUUCAAAAAGCUAAAGCUAAUUCUUCCAAACUUAUUAAGGAAAAAAGUAGCAAAGCACAGGCAAAGUCAAAAUUAUCAUAUCCAACCAAUCAAGUAUCUUUAAUAUCAUUGUUCAAAAAAGCUUCUCAAGAUACACCACCAGAAAAAAAGUUAGAGGAAGUAACAAAAUCGAUAGAACUGAAAGACUCUCAAGGUUUACAAGAAAAGAGUACUAUUUCAGAAAAUAUAUCAGAUUCUUCAAAUUCUUUUGAAGAAUCUUUAGAUGAUAUUAUUAAUAAUGUUGAAGAUGAGUGCAUAGAAGUUUCUUCCAGCAAUAAUAAAAGUGAUAUACAAUCUCAAUGGAACGCUUUGUUUAAACCACGGCCUAUUCCAAAUUGUAUUGGACAUGGAGAGCCAUGUAAGGAAUAUACAGUCAACAAACCAGGGAUAAAUCAGGGAAGACGAUUCUACUUGUGUUCAAGACCCGUCGGAAACUCUCAAGAAAGUCGGUGUAAAUUUUUUGAAUGGACUAAUGGAAAUAAGCUAAAGUUAUCAAAAUCUGUAAAAAGAUAUUCUGAUCAAAAGCAAGAUAAUGGGUUAAAUAAAAAGAAACGAGAUUUUUAAUUUUUGUUAGUAUGAUUAAUGAGCGUAUUAAUUAAAUUCAAUGGCUCUAUAUACUUUUUAAUAUAUGUUGGUACAACUAAUGUAUUUAUCCAAUAGUUUUUUAUUAUUAUUG